UAACAACACGACAAAGGAGGGAAAAGGCCAAAGGAGCGUCUCAAACUCCAAUAAACCAGCAGACUAAUCAGUGAUGAAGCUCAGCAUAGAUUCCCUACUGCCUGUUCAAUCAGUUGCUCUCCUGAAAACCAGAGAUUAUUAGGUAAAAAAGAAUAUGUGGAGACAAUUACGAAAAUUUAGCAGCAGCUCCAGUGCGAAAGAGAAGAAAUGGGAUGCUCUGAUAAUCGGCGGUGGCCACAACGGCCUUACAUCAGCCGCAUAUCUCGCUCGCUCCGGUCUCUCCGUUGCCGUUCUCGAGAGGCGCCACAUCAUAGGCGGUGCUGCUGUCACUGAAGAACUCAUUCCUGGCUUCAAGUUUUCUCGUUGUAGUUACCUCCAAAGCCUCCUUAGACCCUGCGUUAUUAAAGAAUUGGAGCUGAAGAGACAUGGAUUGAAGCUAUUAAAGAGGAAUCCUUCAUCAUUCACGCCUUGUCGUGACGGACGUUAUCUUCUGCUUGGUCCUGAUAAGGAGCUCAACUAUUCUGAGAUUUCAAAGUUUUCUAAAUCUGAUGCAGAUGCUUACUCAAGGUAUGAGAGUCAACUAGACAAGUUCUGCGAGUUUUUGGACCCACUUCUGGAUUCAUCUACACCGGAAACUUUACAAGGCUCUUCACAUCUCAAUACUCGUAUGAAGCACAGAUUACAAAAUUCAGCCUUUUGGGCUAAUUGUCUACGCCGAGCACUCCACUUGGGACAAAAGGACCUAGUGGAUUUGAUGGACCUUUUACUCGCCCCAGCUUCGAAGGUUUUGAAUAACUGGUUUGAGACUGAUGUUCUGAAAGCAACUCUUGCAACUGAUGCAGUAAUAGGGACUACGGCAAGUGUCCAUACACCUGGAAGUGGAUAUGUGUUGCUACAUCACGUGAUGGGAGAAUCUGAUGGUGAUCGUGGUAUUUGGUCGUAUGUUGAAGGGGGAAUGGGCUCGGUGUCAUUGGCUAUAGCUGCUGCUGCAAAGGAGGCUGGUGCAUCCAUAUUGACAAAUGCCGAAGUCUCAAAAUUGAUGAUUGAAGACAGUGGCAGAGUUCAUGGGGUGAUGCUGGCAGACGGAACCAUAUUGCAUUCUUCUGUUGUUUUAUCCAAUGCAACGCCAUUCAAAACUUUCAUGGAUCUUGUGCCAGAUGAUGUGCUUCCUCACGAUUUUCAUAAUGCUAUCAAGUGCUCUGAUUAUCGCUCUGCUACUACUAAAAUCAAUUUGGCCGUUGACAGAUUACCACAGUUCCAGUGCUGCAAUUUAAGUCAUCCAGAUGCUGGUCCGCAGCAUAGUGGUACCAUUCACAUAGGACCAGAGAGUAUGGAAGAGAUGCACAUUGCUGCUCAGGAUGCUGAAAAUGGCUUACCAUCUCGCCGGCCCAUAAUUGAGAUGACAAUUCCUACUGUCUUUGACAAGACAAUCUCUCCAUCAGGAAAACAUGUGAUUGGUUUAUUCAUCCAGUACACACCUUAUAAACCAUCCGAUGGCAGCUGGGAAAAUCCUGGAUAUAGAGAAUCAUUCGCCCAGAGAUGCUUUAGCAUGAUAGAUGAAUAUGCUCCUGGAUUUAGCUCAUCAAUUAUUGGGUAUGAUAUGUUGACUCCUCCAGAUCUUGAAAGAGAAAUUGGUUUGACAGGAGGCAAUAUAUUCCACGGAUCCAUGGGAUUAGAUUCUUUGUUUUUAAUGCGGCCGGUGAAAGGAUGGUCAAAUUAUCGGACUCCAAUUGAAGGUCUAUACCUAUGUGGCAGCGGGGCACAUCCCGGUGGUGGAGUAAUGGGCGCCCCAGGACGCAAUGCUGCGCAUGUUGUCAUUACAGACUUAAAGAAAUCAUGAAGCUGCUCUUCCGGCAGGAACAUUUUUUCCUGUUGUGAUUUUUUGGCGAGUUGCAUCAGUUUUAUAUUAUUGACAAAUUUUCAGCGAAGCCAACUCUCAAGCCAAAAGUGAACUGAUAGUCAUCCUAUUGUCCAUCAGAUAUUUCACUUAUACUUUGACUACUUUGAGUUCCCGUGUGUUUAGAACCAAAUGGGAACUACACAGAGAAUUUGCUCUCACUGUCUAACCACAAUUGCUUAAUUUAAUCAUGUUCUCAGAAAUAACUGUCUUUUCUUUAAAGAGGGAAGAUGUGUUCCUUUUAGUCGUCAUUAUCCGAGCUUCUUUUGCUUGCUACAUAUUUCAUGGUAAAAAAAAAUUACUAAAUGAAGUUGAAUUAAUUUUGCUCA